GCCCAGUUGCCGGUCGGUCUUCAACGCGAACAGUCGUCGUCUGUCCGGGACAGAAUUAAUUUUUUUUUUAAGGCUUCUCUCCAAACGAGAUCCCCUGGCAGAUAUGCAAAUACAUUGUAGGCGGCAUUCGGAGUAGCCUCAGAUAAGAUAAGCCACCUGCCGCUGUCUGCUGCCUCCAUUCUGGAGGUGAUAAGUUGUCCCAGGGAUUAGUACAGGAAAAUCAAACACAGCUUGAAUACCAAAAAGUUGCUCAAAGAGGUGAUUGAACCGGCCAAGUGCCAUGCCAGAAUCUGGUAGCUCGGGUCAGGGAGGACCCUCCCUGUGCCUGGAGUGGAAGCAGCUCAACUACUACGUGCCUGCCCAGGAGCAAAGCAACUACAGUUUUUGGAAUGAGUGCCGCAAAAAGCGAGAGCUAUGCAUCCUCCAAGACGCCAGCGGGCAUAUGAAGACCGGCGACCUCAUCGCCAUCUUGGGCGGAUCCGGAGCGGGUAAGACCACGUUGCUGGCGGCCAUUUCGCAACGGCUGCGCGGUAACCUGACCGGGGAUGUGGUUUUGAACGGCAUGGCCAUGGAACGGAAUCAGAUGACGCGCAUCUCCAGCUUUCUGCCGCAGUUUGAGAUCAACGUGAAGACAUUUACGGCCUACGAGCAUCUGUAUUUUAUGUCCCACUUUAAGAUGCAUCGUCGCACUACCAAGUCGGAAAAACGCCAGAGGGUAGCAGAUCUCCUUUUGGCUGUGGGUUUGAGGGACUCGGCCCACACCCGCAUCCAGCAGUUGUCCGGCGGAGAGAGAAAGCGACUGAGCCUGGCCGAGGAGCUAAUAACUGAUCCCAUCUUCUUGUUUUGCGAUGAACCCACCACGGGUCUGGACAGCUUUAGUGCCUAUUCAGUGAUUAAAACGUUGAGGCAUUUGUGCACUAGGAGAAGGAUAGCCAAGCACUCCUUGAACCAGGUCUAUGGCGAGGAUUCCUUUGAGACAAGCAGUGGCGAGAGCAGUGCCAGUGGCAGUGGCAGCAAGUCCAUAGAGAUGGAAGUGGUGGGUCAAUCCCAUGAGAGUCUGUUGCAGGGAAUGCGGGAUUUGCCCACUCUUAGUAUCCUUAACAAUAGUCCUAAUGGGACCCACAAGAAGGCGGCCAUCUGUUCUAUUCAUCAGCCUACGUCGGAUAUUUUUGAGCUGUUUACACAUAUUAUCCUGAUGGAUGGUGGCAGGAUAGUUUACCAGGGACGCACCGAGCAGGCAGCCAAAUUUUUUACAGAUUUGGGCUAUGAACUUCCUUUAAACUGCAAUCCAGCUGACUUUUAUUUGAAGACCCUGGCGGAUAAGGAUGGCAAGGAGAAUGCUGGAGCUGUCCUCCGAGCCAAGUACGAGCACGAGACGGAUGGUCUUUAUACAGGAAGCUGGCUUCUAGCACGUAGCUAUAGUGGAGAUUAUCUAAAGCAUGUCCAAAACUUCAAGAAGAUACGUUGGGUAUAUCAGGUUUAUCUCUUGAUGGUGCGCUUCAUGACGGAAGAUCUGAGGAAUAUAAAGAGCGCCCUCAUUGCCUUUGGGUUUUUUAUGAUUACUGCAGUAACGCUAUCCUUGAUGUACUCCGGCAUUGGUGGUCUAACUCAACGCACAGUUCAAGAUGUGGGUGGUUCUAUAUUCAUGCUCAGCAAUGAGAUGAUCUUUACCUUCAGCUAUGGAGUAACCUACAUCUUUCCCGCUGCCCUGCCCAUCAUCCGGCGUGAAGUGGGCGAGGGCACAUAUAGCCUCUCCGCCUACUAUGUGGCCCUGGUGCUCUCCUUUGUUCCAGUGGCCUUUUUCAAGGCCUAUGUAUUUCUCUCCGUGAUUUAUGCCUCUAUAUACUACACCCGAGGCUUCUUCCUGUACUUGAGCAUGGGCUUUCUGAUGAGCUUGUCUGCAGUGGCAGCUGUGGGUUAUGGUGUCUUCCUUUCCAGCCUUUUUGAAACGGAUAAAAUGGCCUCGGAAUGUGCAGCGCCUUUUGAUUUGAUUUUUCUAAUAUUUGGAGGAACCUACAUGAAUGUGGACACGGUGCCCGGGCUGAAGUACCUUUCAUUGUUUUUUUACUCCAACGAGGCCUUGAUGUACAACUUUUGGAUUGAUAUUGAUAAUAUAGAUUGUCCUGUCAAUGUGGAUCAUCCUUGCAUCAAGACCGGCCUGGAGGUGCUGCAGCAGGGCUCUUACCGCACUGCCGACUACACCUACUGGCUGGACUGCUUCAGCCUUUUAGUGGUGGCCAUAAUCUUUCACAUUGUCUCCUUCUGGCUAGUUCGACGUUAUGUACAUCGCAGUGGCUACUAUUGACAAAGCUUUUAUUAUGCUAAAAUUUCACUUUACACUCUUAGAAAUAAUUACGAUUUCAGCUUGAUUUCAGUUGUUAAUUUGUAAUUUUUAAGCACAAAUUUUGGUACAUUCUACGUCUAGACUUCAGUGGAAAAUAUUGCAUUCAUUGUGGUUUUUGAGUCGCGCAUCAUAAAAUAAAUCCCAUAUAGAUCUUA